UAACAAGUGUCUAGCUGUGAGGUCCAGUCAAAGUUAUGUGUAAAAAUCUCAUAUUCGUCACUGAAAAUUAGAUUUGUUUUAAUCUUAGCUAGCUAGUUGAGCUUGGUAUGCACUGUAGCUAACGUUAUAUGUUUCAGUGAGAGUGCCAAAGUUUGAUAGCUAGCUAGCAAGAGAGACCACUCACAAUCCAUCUUGAUCUGCACGGCCAGCGCUGGCUUGGGAGGAUGACCAAAAAACGAACGCAAACCAAAAGUUUCACACCUCCCCAGCCUAGGUCACUCAGGUCAAGGAAGAGAAAGUGCUGUGAUGCGUUAGAGGAGAGCGCCCCCUCUGGAGAGGCAGUGGAAGCACAGCCCUCACACCUAGAACAGCAGGACACUGAGGGAACAGUGUUAAAAACGACCUCUCCUCCUAAAGAUCCCCACCGCCCUCUGACGGGCUGUACUACUAAUCCAUCUCAGAAGGCUAACAAAGCGGGAGAUACCACUGCACCCAAGCAAGAGGGGGAUCCAGUGGAGGAAAGUCUGGUUGUGACUGGCUUCGAGGGAGAGCAGGCCAUUGGAGGGGCUGUGGAGGGGGCAGGCACAGAGGAGACAGUUCCAACCAAUCAGGAUUGUGAAGAUACUCCACAGGAAGACCAUAGUGUGGAGUCCUCCGUUAAAGAUGACGAGGGUAGAGAAGAAGAAGACAUCAAGACACAGAGGUUCCUCAGCUCCCCCCCACACCCACUGACUGUAGCCCAGCCCCACCCCCAGCUCCCCUCCAAGGAGGUCAAAGUUGGGGAUGGGGACAGUCAAACCGACAAUGAAGAGGAGCAGUGUGGAGAGAAGAACCAGAAGCCCAAAAUGGAGGAGCGAGACAGUGAACAGCGGGAGGCUAUAGAUGAGAGAGGUGUUUGUCUGGGCGGUGGGAGGAAGGGGCCGCCAGUGGAGGAGGACGGAUCUGUGGAAGCACCAGAGAAGAAGACAGCGGAGGAGGACAGAUCUGUGGAAGCACCAGAGAAGAAGACAGCGGAGGAGGACAUAUCUGUGGAAGCACCAGUGAAGAAGACAGCAGAGGAGGACAGAUCUGUGGAAGCACCAGAGAAGAAGACUGCGGAGGAGGCCAGAUCUGUGGAAGCACCAGAGAAGAAGACAGCGGAGGAGGACAUAUCUGUGGAAGCACCAGUGAAGAAGACAGCGGUGGAGGACAGAUCUGUGGAAGCACCAGAGAAGAAGACAGCGGAGGAGGACAUAUCUGUGGAAGCACCAGUGAAGAAGACAGAGGUGGAGGACAGAUCUGUGGAAGCACCAGAGAAGAAGACAGCGGAGGAGGACAGAUCUGUGGAAGCACCAGUGAAGAAGAGGAGGAGGAGAAUGGGGAUGUGUGGUCUGGGAGAGAGAGAGAGGGAGAGGAGGAGAGGAAUAGAGGAGGAGCAGCAGAAGGAAAGAAAGAGUGUGAAGGAAGAAGGGAGUGUGGGAGAAGCGAUGGGGAUGGUGAGGAAAGGAGAGGAGGAGACAGUGGAGAAAGAGAGAGAGAAGGACAUCGGGCAGAGUGGUGAUAGUGGUGGUGGUGGUGGUGCCAACCUGGUGGCUGUAGAGGGAACUGCAGCAGCAUCAUCCUCUGAUCCAUCAUUCCUUUCAUUCAUCCCUCCAUCUGCCCCUCUGGGGAGUACCACUGAGCAGAGGAAGAAAGAGAAAGAGGGGGAGAAGGAAGAGGGAGAGAAGGAAGAGGAGGAGAAGUUAGAGGAGGAGAAGUUAGAGAAGGAGAAGUUAGAUGAGGAGCAGCUUCAGUCAGGGGGAGAGUCAAGCCAUGCAGGCCCCAGCGAAGUGGCUUAUUCUGGGCCAGAGCAGGUCACAGGAGAGGGUCUCUGGACUGGCCUGAAGGUGGACCCACUGGGCAGUGAGCAGCCUGUGGUGUUGGGGGAAGAAGAGCUAGACACAGAGGGGGUUGUGGAGAAGAAACAGGAGGGGGACAGGGGGUGCUGUGGGUCUAAUGAGCCAGAGGAGAGCCCCCCUAGGGCCCCUCCACCAUCCUCCACCACCACCCCUACCUCCAUCCCUCUGGAGGCUGGGGCAGAGAGGGAGCACCAGGGAGAGGUUCAGAGCUCACCUACCCAGAGAGAGAGGGGGGCUGAAGAUGGGGCAGUGGCUGGAGCCGGGGCGGGGGCUGGGACUGGGGCCAACCCCCGGGCAUUCAGUCUGGCCCCGGCUGACAGAGGAGAGUCCAGCACACCUCCCCCCACAAAGCCAGGUCCUGGAAGGGAGGGGCACAACCAGGCUGCAGUGACACCUGGUGGCUCGGAGGAGAACAACCAUUCCGCAUCCCCAGACCUGACCAGAGACGAUGAUGAUGCUGCUGUCGUUGACCCGUUUAGAGCACUGGCCCUGGACUACGUGUCUGACUCUCAACUCAACACCAUCACUCUGACUGAGGAAGAGGAAGGGGAGGAAGACGCUACGGAACUGGUCUGUGGCCUGAUCAGAGAACUCUCCUCUCUAAAUCGGGUAGUGAUGGCUACCCAUCGGGAGCUAGAGACUCUCCGCCGUGGCAACAAGACAGCGAGGCCUCCCCCAUGCCGCGGCUUCCCCCCACGCCGCUCUGAGAUCUAGUUUGCCUACCAAAUAGCACCCAAGUCCCUAUAUAGUCAUUUGGGACCCACACCGAACCAUCAUCACAACGCCCCCAAAGGCUCAUGGGUAACAGUCUUCACAUAGCGGAGGCUUACUUGAAAGUUUAUUUGUAUAUUUUUUUUUUGGUGGGGGGGGGGGGCUUGAAUACUGAAGAUCAGUUUGAGAACAAUGAUCCAAAGUAUCAUCCCAGAUUUGAACUGAAAGUUUGUGAAGUUAUAUGGACACAACGUUCUAAUAAUAAUGCCGGUCUAUAAAUCUAAUUUUAUUUUAUUGGUCACAUACACAUAUUUAGCAGAUGUUAUUGCAGGUGUAGCGAAAUGCUUGUG